AUGGCCGCGCCUCCGACAGUGGAGGUAUAUGUCCUACCGACUGGGUACCUCUGGCUACCCGAUCGCUGGAUCUUUGCGGAUGGGGACUUGAAAGUCCGCCAUUUGUCUCCAGAUUAUAGUUUUCUCAUUCGACAUUCUUCGGGUCAGAAUCUAUUGUUUGAUCUCGGUAUGCGCAGGGACUUGGACAAUAAUCCGAGGGUGAUCAGGGAAGAUUAUAGCGCGAUUGAGCCCUUUGUUCCCAAGGAUGCGCACGAUCUGCUCUUAGGUGGACCAGUGAAGCCAGAGCUCGUUGAUAUGGUGGUGUUGAGUCACAUGCAUUUCGACCAUACCGGGGAUGUUCGGCACUUUCCUCGAUCUAAAAUAAUCGUCGGACCAGGAACGCGAGACUGCAUCCAUCCAGGAUAUCCGGCCAGUGAUGCUUCGCCCUUCGACGGGUCGGUUCUCGCUCACCAGGGAUUCACUGAGCUGGAAAGAUCGCAGUACAGCAGACUGAGGGAUGGUUCUGUGCCGUCUUCCUUCAGCUUCGACGAAGGGGUAGAUAUCUUUGGCGAUGGAUCUUUCUUUGUACUGGAUGCACCAGGCCAUAUGCCUGGUCAUCAAAUGGCACUAGCACGGACUGGCGAGGAUGAAUGGGUUGCUAUGGGAGGCGACUGCUGUCACCACAGGGAUUUGCUUGAACACCCAUCUCGCGACAUCAGCAUUGAUGUGGGACCAAACGGUCAGCCUGGGUUUCACAAAGAUCCGGUCAGCACAAGGGAAACGAUCCACAAAACCCGGGCGUUACACUCAAAUUCGAGUGUCUUUGUGGUACUUGCCCAUGAUGCUCAGAUCGAUGGCAUAGUCCCGGUGUACCCAGAGAAGCUGAACGGGUGGCGUCAAAAAGGCCUGAAGACAGCAGUCCGGAAGCAAACUUUGACGUUGGAGGAGGUCAAAACGAGAUACAAGUAG